AUGAUGGUGACUUUGGUGUUCGUGACGGUUUUGGGCAACGCGCUGGUCAUGUUCGCCUUCAAAGUGGACAAGAGUCUCAGGAGGCAAUGCAAUUACUACUUCGUCAAUCUGGCAAUAUCGGAUUUUCUUGUCGGAGCGUUCUGCAUCCCGGUGUACAUCCCUUACAUCCUCAGUGGCCGGCGGACGCUGGGCAGGGGACUGUGCAAGCUGCGGCUGGUCACGGACUACGUGCUGUGCGCCGCGUCCGUCUUCAGCGUCGUCCUCAUCAGCUACGACCGCUUCCUGUCCGUCACCAGAGCGGUGAGUCAGAGCGAGUCUCAUCCGGCCAUCAUCAAGAUGACCGCCGUGCGGGUGCUGGCCUUUGUCCCGUGCAGCCCGGCCAUCGUUUUCUGGGAGCUGGCGGUGGGCCGAAGUCGGGUGCCAAAAGACGAGCGCUUCGCCGAAUUCUAUCACUCCUGGUACUUCCUGCUGUGCGCCUCCACGCUGGAGUUCUUCUCCCCUUUCAUCUCGGUGGCUUUCUUCAACCUCAGCAUUUAUCUGAACAUACGACGGCGGAGGCUCCGCUGCAGGGAGGCCCGGCUCAACCUUCAGCUAAACGAACCCGUGUCGACUCAAGGGGAAGGUAUCCCCCAGACGGCCGCGAGAGGCUCACUCCGCUCGCCCGCCUCCUCUCCUAAUUCGGGCAAAGCGUAUCCGUCGAGCAGCGGGACGCUGCGGCCUAACCGUCUGUCCAGAGAUAAGAAAAUUGCUAAGUCGCUGGCCAUCAUUGUGUGUGUGUUUGCCAUCUGCUGGGCACCGUACACCCUCCUGAUGAUCAUCCGUGCCGCCUGCAGAGGGCGAUGCAUCCCGCAGCAUUGGUACGAGGUCACCUUCUGGCUCCUGUGGCUCAACUCUGCCGUUAACCCUUUCCUCUACCCGCUGUGUCACGGCAGCUUCCGCAGGGCCUUCGCUAAGAUUCUGUGCCCGAAGCGGCGAACGUCCACUCCCCCUCUAGCCGUCCUUCGGGCGGGCCGGCGACCAUUAGAGGCUCCCCGGUUUACGGCCCAAACUGCGAAAGAUUGCAAAUGCUAUCGUUAA